AUGUCUGAUGAACGAAUCGUCUUAAAUGUGGGUGGUAUCAAGUACGAAACAUUUAAAUCAACGCUCAUUUCUCAACCCAAUACCCUUCUGGGUCGCUUAUUCAAAGAAAACUCUAUAAAACCGAGCAAAGAGAAUGAAUACUUUUUCGAUCGUAAUGGCCGCGCGUUUCACUACGUUCUCGAAUACUAUCGUACGGGAAGUAUCCACAUUCCGCGCGAGAACGCCAAAGAAUACAUAACGGGUGGAAAAGGUGCCCCAUUGAGCAGUGAUAUUCUCGCGGAAUUCGAUUACUUUGAAAUAAUCCCGAAAGAUUUGUCACUACAAAAUCGAGCGUUGGCCAUUCGUGUCGAUGAGCUGAUUCAAAUGUUUAAGGAUAUUUAUUUCGAGAUGGCUGCGAGGAUGGUUUCUGAGUUCAAUGUUAGAUUUGAUAUCGAUGGAAGUUACUUUAUACCGUGUGAGGUGAAUAAAUUGGUUGGUUCAAGUGCAUAUGCCGUUCUCGAGCAGUUCUCAAAGGAUAUUGAGGCGCAUUUGAAUUCGUCAUUUCCUGGACUGACAUCAAAGUUCACCCAUCAUCCAAAUGGAUUCAAGUAUCCAGAUGACUUCACAGUGCCGCUUCCGCAUUUCAACGUGAGUAUCACGUUGAAUAAGGAUUUUUAUGAUUUCGAUGCUAUUCGUAAUACUUCCUGCCUGAGAUCUAGAGAUCCUUAG